AGGUCGGCAGUGACGCGACAUGAAUAAGGAAAACAAUAAUGGAGGCUUGCAAUGCUGUAGAACGCGAAGUUGAUCGAGUUUUAUUAAAAUUUGGAGCAAUAAAUGAACAUGCCGUUAAUGUUCUUCGUGAUUUGAUAUCAGAAAUUGAAACUUUAAAGAAAGAUCUUGAGGAAUAUCCACCUGAUCAUGAAUCUACAUCUAUACAACAUCAAGGAUUGAAAUUAGCAAUGACUAAAGUCCGAGAUACAGUUCAUCGUUUAGCAACGGAACAUAGAGAAUUACAUAGUACCGUUUCCAAAGUUGGUAAAGCGAUAGAUCGGAAUUUCAUUGCAGAUUUUGCCAGCACGAGUAGAGAAGAUGUAUUCUCUGGGACAGAAAAAACACAUCUUCUUAAUCAAGUUAUUUGCCAACAUUUUUAUCGUCAAGGAAUGCUGGACAUCGCUGAUGAACUUGCAGCAGAAGCUGGAAUUAAGACUGAGGAAGGACGAAAAGAACCAUUUACAGAAUUAAAUUAUAUUCUUGAUUGCCUGAAACAGAAAAAUCUUGAGCCCGCAUUGGAAUGGGCUACAAAACACAAGGAAGCUCUUCUUGCACAAAGUUCGUCACUUGAAUUUAAAUUACAUAGGCUUAAAUUUAUAAGACUAGUGCAACAAGGUCCAAGAAAACAAACGGAAGCUAUUAUGUAUGCGCGUAAACAUCUUCCACAGUUUGUUACUAGAUACGAGAAAGAAGUACAGUCUUUAAUGGGAACUCUACUGUAUUUGCCAAAUGGUAUCCAAUCGUCGCCCUAUAGUCAUUUACUCGAUCCAACUUUGUGGCUUGAAAUUCAUGACGUCUUUACGAAAGAAGCUUGCACUCUCCUAGGUUUAAGUGUGGAUAGCCCUUUAUCUGUUUGUAUAAAUGCAGGAAUUACAGCACUACCUGCUCUUCUUAACAUUAAGCAAGUAAUGCAACAGAGACAAGUCACUGGAAUCUGGAAUGGAAAAGAUGAACUUCCCAUUGAAAUAGACUUAGGAAAACAGAGUCGAUACCAUUCAGUGUUUGCUUGCCCAAUUCUUCGUCAACAGAGUACGGAAAAUAAUCCACCAAUGAAAUUAGUAUGUGGACACGUGAUUUCUCGCGAUGCUCUAAAUAAACUGACGAGCGCGAAUAAAAACCAAUUUCAUUCCAGAUUGAAGUGUCCAUAUUGUCCAAUGGAUCAAAACCCAGAAGAUGCGAGACUCAUAUACUUUUAGAGUGCUGUGAUAAUAUGUAUGUAAAUUUUUCAUUAGUAUUUUUUUUAUUUUUUGGCUUCAAUUUAUCUGGAAAUUAAUAUUCUACAGAUAUAUAAACAUAUUUUAAGUUCAUUGAAAAAAUAUAUAAUUUAUUGAUGGUUUGUCGAUUGAAAAGGCAAGUUUCUUUUACAUUUUGAAAGGAAAAAAUUGAAUUCAUAGAAGAACAAAAAACGAACAUAAAAUUAAAGCUAUCCGUUACUUUAAUGAUUAAUUAUAUAAAAAUAAUUUUUAUUAAUUAUCAAAUAAUUUUGUACAUUUUAAAUUAUUUUUUUAUAAUUAGCAAUAAUUAAAGUAACGGUUAACUAUAAAAAAAUUAAUAAAUUGAUAGAAAGUUUUGUAUUAAACAUUUCAUGUUUUAGAUCUGAAAUGAAAUUCGUACUCAUUGUAGACAAUGAAAAAAAUAUGGUAUUAAUUAAGCAAAAUUUUUGAUAAAAGCAUGAAAAUUAUUGAUUAAAAAAAUUUACUAUAGAAUUUAACAAAAUAUUAUUUAUAAAUUUUUAAGUCAAUAAUUUUCUUGCUAUUCAUAUAAAUUUUGUUAAUUCAAUAACAUAUUUAUUUCAUUGCAAGUAAGUGAAAUAGUUUAAUUUAUACUUGCACCUGAUUUAUUAGUCAUUAACAAACAUAUUAAAAGUUUAUCACUUUCACUCAAGAAAAUGAUUUUCAAUCGUAUUAUGUUACUCUUUUAAAUUAACAAAUCAUAAUUAUUUAUAAAUAGUUGAAAUAGAUUUUUAAUUUUUUCUUAUUUACUAAAGGCUUAUAAAUAAAAUAAUUACAAAGAUAGUAAUUUUGAAAAAAAUAGAUAAAUUUUUAAGUGGUAUAUGAAGAACUUGAUUUUUUGACUACACGUACUGGAAUAAAUGAUUCUUGUAGAUCUUUUAUCUUGAAAAGUUUUCGUUAGAGUUGUUGUAUAAAAAGUCGGUUCUGAUUCAGUUAAAAAAUUUGUCAUAUCACUUUUUCAAUUUCGGAAUUGGCAAAAUCGCCCUCUUUGUAAUAGUUGGUUAUUUGUAGACCCACAGUAUAAGUACUAUUUUUAAUGUGUCGGAAGUGAAUACAAUGUAAUAAUAAAACUCAACUGCCAAGCUUUCUAUAACAGUUGACGCUAAAGACGAUUCGCGAAAGAAUUUUUUUUGUUUUAUAAAAUUGUAAAAAAAAUUAUGUACUUCGAGUCGCGCAACUGAAUGAAUAAUAAGUAUUUAUUUACAGAAACAAUGCUUAUUCAAGUGACUUACGAUUAUUACUUGAUGACACCGUGUCAUUAUUAACAAUAAGUAUAACAACAUUAUAAAUAGUCACUAGGUAAUAAACGUUUAAACGUGAUUAAUUUUAUUAGAUUGUUUUAUAUAUAAUAUAAUAUCCUGAAAUAAAUGUUGCUUACUAUAAAA